GUGCAGGUCAACAGCACCCACGGCUCAGUCCAUUCCUUGGAUGCAGACUUGCUUCUUUCUUCUGGUGAAUCUUUCAAUAAAUCAGACAAUGAUAUGUUUAAAGAUGGACUACGGAGAGCACAGUCAACAGACAGUCUUGGGACAUCUGGAUCUUUACAGUCCAAAGCUUUAGGAUACAACAACAAGGCAAAAUCUGCUGGGAACCUGGACGAGUCAGAUUUCGGACCGCUUGUCGGAGCAGAUUCAGUGUCUGAGAACUUUGAUACAGCUUCCCUCGGGUCUCUGCAAAUGCCAAGUGGGUUCAUGUUAACCAAAGAUCAGGAAAAAGCUAUCAAAGCAAUGACACCAGAGCAAGAAGAGACUGCCUCACUUCUCUCCAGUGUGACACAAGGGGUGGAGAGCGCCUACGUGUCCCCGAGCGGUUACCGCCUGGUGAGCGAGACGGAGUGGAACCUGCUGCAGAAGGAGGUGCAGAACGCAGGGAACAAGCUGGGGAGACGCUGUGAUAUGUGCUCCAAUUAUGAGAAGCAGUUGCAAGGCAUCCAGAUUCAAGAGGCUGAGACAAGAGACCAGGUGAAGAAGCUGCAGGUGAUGCUGAGACAGGCCAAUGACCAGCUGGAAAAGACAACAAAAGAGAAACAGGAGUUGGAGGAUUACAUGAAACAAAGUGCUGAAGACUCUUCUAAUCAGAUCUCUUUGCUGAUGGCUAAAUGUCAAAAGUCAGAGAACUUCCUGGGUGACCUGCAGCAGGCAUUUUCUCAAGCAAAGAGGAGUGUUCAGGAGCAAAUGGCUGUCCUGACACAGUCAAGGGAGCAGGUUUCAGAAGAGUUGGUGAGACUCCAAAAAGAUAAUGAAAGUCUUCAAGGCAAACAUAGUUUGCAUGUGUCUUUACAGCAAGCUGAAGAUUUUGUUCUACCAGAAGCAGCAGAGGAGCUCCGUGAGCUGAUUCUAAAAUACCGUGAAGACAUCAUUAGUGUGAGGACAGCAGCAGAUCACCUGGAGGAGAAGCUCAAGGCAGAGAUAUUAUUCUUAAAAGAACAGAUUCAAGCUGAACAAUAUUUGAAAGAAAAUAUAGAAGAAACUCUACAGCUGGAAAUAGAGAAUUGCAAAGAAGAAAUAGCUUCCAUUUCCAGUUUAAAAGCUGAACUGGAAAGAAUAAAAGUGGAAAAGGAACAGUUGGAAAGUUCUUCGCAGGAAAACCUGCAGCAGCUGGAGAGUCUGCAGGAGACAAAAACCACUCUAGAAGAGCAGCUGAAGAAGGAGACUGCAGCAAAGGCAAACCUUGAACAGCUGGUAUUUGAAGAGAAGAAUAAAGCUCAGCGACUGCAGACUGAAUUAGAUGUCAGUGAGCAAGUGCAGAGAGAUUUUGUAAAGCUUUCUCAGACACUUCAGGUGCAGCUGGAGAGGAUCAGGCAGGCAGACUCCCUGGAGAGGAUCCGGGCCAUCCUCAACGACACCAACCUGACGGACAUUAACCAGCUCCCCGAGACAUGACCCCCUGCAGGGCUCCUGCCCUGGGGCUUUUAACUCAUCUUUAGAGCAACCUUAAUUAUUUAACUCUAACCGAAAAGAGCAGAAGACAACGAGAGGGGAGCCAGGACUUUUUAAGUUUUGUUUCUAGAGGGGGAAAAAAGGUUUGGCACUGGGCAGGAAGAGAGCACGAGGGUGACUUGCAGUGUGGGAAGAACUCUCUAAUGGGAACACUAACGAGGGCGGUGUUGUCGUGUUCCACCGAGUGGGAUCAGUCCCCACCUUCUGAAAAACUUCCCCUCUUUCAGCCGACUCCCUAACCUAAUCUAGAGUUUUGGAACGUUUUACCCCUUGUCUUUCCCUCUUUCCUUUCCCCCCCCUACUACUGUGAUCAAAUUAGCUGCUGGAAACCAUAUUGUCCCUCCAAAACAUUGAAGAGCAAAGUGGUUGAAGUUUUUCUGUUUGAAUAGUCAGUAACAGUAUUCAGCUAGCAGAGAGAAUGAGGUGUAGAGUAUGCUGUAUGAAUAUUUUAUAUUAAAAUAUGACUUUAUUAGCAGGA